AUACCCAGCUUGGAUUAUGUUGUAAAUUUACAUUUUCCUGGUAAACCAAAAUUAUUUGUGCAUCGCGUUGGACGCUGUGCGCGUGCUGGACGAACUGGUACUGCAUAUUCAAUAUUUUCCACAGAGGACACAGCGCAUUUACUAGACUUACACUUAUUCUUAAAUAGACCAUUUAACAUAAACGAUAACAAUUCUAUCGGUACAAUACCACAAGAUAUAGUAGAAGAGGAAUAUUUGACAGUAAAUGAAAUUAAGAAUAGUCAUCAUAUUAGCGGGGUACUACGCACUAGCGAAAAUGCUUAUAAAAAAUAUAUAACUUCGCGUCCAGUUGCUUCCACCGAUGCUAAUGCGCGUGUUAAGAAAUUAAAAUUUUUCAAUAUGAAACCUUUAGAGGAUUUCUUAAAGUCAUCAACUGUCUUGGAACAAUCUGGUUUAGUGAAUGGUGAAAAGAAAACUAAAUCUAAAGAACAAAUUGCUGCUAAUGAGCGAAAGCUGCAGGAAGAAAAACAUGAUAUACUAGUGAAAAUGCGCAAUUUUAAACCAACCACUACUAUUUUUGAAUUAAAGGGAACACAAAAGUCUGUUCAAUAUACGGUUAUGAAAGAAAAGCGUUCUAAGCAUGAAGAUACGAUUGAGAAAUUCCGUACUACUGUAGAGAAGGAAGAAAAAGAAGAACAAAACAAACUUCUAGAGCAACUAGAAAAGGAUGAUGAAGCGGAUGAAGAAGCUAUUAGCAGUGCCUUUAAUAAAAUUGUAGCACCCAAAAAGCGUAAAAAUAUGGAUGAACUUUAUAAAGACAAAUCAAAAAAGAAAAAGAAGAAAAGUAACAAUAAAGACAUGGAAAACUUUAUACCCUAUCAAUCUGCUGAUAAGCACACAGAAGAUGGACUAGCCAUAAAUUCAUUUGAAAGACAAGCAAUGAAUGCUGAAUUCUCAGUUAUAGAUCGUAAUACGAAUGAAACGCAGUUCAAGCCAGGUAUGAAACGUUGGGAUCGUAUAAAGAAGAAAAUGGUUGCAGUACAGGAUCCACGUACGAAUAAAAUACGUACGGAAUCAGGUGCAUGGAUACCAGCAUCAUUUAAAACUGGUCGCUAUAAUGAAUGGAAAGAAAAAUCCAAAAUUGAAGAACAAUUACAACGUGAAGCUGGCAGUGAUGAUGAUACCUUCAAACCUUUAUCCCACGAAAAACGAUAUCCGGUUAGUAGGCAUGCAAGACAUAAUGCUAAAUUUGAAGCAAAGAAACGCAUGGGUAGUGGUGGUGAUAAAGAGAUACGACAUCCAGACCAAAUUGUCAAGCAACGGAUGCGUUUGGAAUUCAUUAAGAAACGUAAUGCUGAUAAUGCCGUACGUAAAGCUGAAAAUCGUAAGCGGAGUAUGCGUAAAAGUCAACGUGCUUCAAUGUCCAAACGUGGAAAAAAGAAAUAGGAUUUUUAUUUAAUUUUUCUUUUAGUUGUAAAUAAAUAAAGUAAUUG